CCGGGGGCGCCCAUUGGCUGCCGGGGGAGGGGGCGCUCGGUGACGUGGCCGCGGUGCCGGUGGCGAUGCGCGGCGGGGGCACAUGGCCCGGCUCUCCGUGCCCUGCCCGCCGUGCCGCUCCCCGUGCCCGUGGUCCCGGCAGCGCCCGGUGGCGCUAGGGCUGGCCGCGGCCGCGGGGCUGCUGCUGCUGCUGCUGGCCGCCGCCGCCCCCCGCCGCUGGGCUGCGCCGCCCCGCCGGGGCGAGAGGUACCUGUCGCGGCUGGAGGAGCUGGCGGCCACCGACACGGAGGACGCGGCGCUGAGCUACGGCGUGGUGGUGGACUGCGGCAGCAGCGGCUCCCGGGUCUUCGUCUACUUCUGGCCCCCGCACAACGGCAACCCGCACGACCUGCUGGACAUCAGGCAGAUGCGGGACCGCGGCAGCCGGCCCGUCGUCAAGAAGAUUAAACCCGGUACGUGCGGCACCGGGCGGCACCGCGCCGCCCCCCGGGGGCUCGGGGCUCACGGCUCGCCCGUGCCCCGCGCAGGGAUCUCGGUGGCGGCAGCGGCCCCGGAGCGAGCGACGCCCUACCUGCGGCCCCUGCUGCGCUUCGCCGCCGCCCACGUGCCGGCCCCGAAGCACAGGGAGACGCCGCUGUACGUCCUGUGCACCGCCGGCAUGCGGCUGCUGCCCCAGAGGCAGCAAGCCGCGAUCUUGGAUGACCUGGUGAGAAACAUACCCCUGGAGUUCGACUUCCUCUUCUCCAAAUCGCACGCAGAAGUGAUCUCGGGGAAACAGGAAGGUGUCUACGCUUGGAUUGGCAUCAACUUCGUCCUGGGCCGCUUCGAUCACGAGGACGAGGAGGCGGCGGUGGUCACCGUAGCGCUGGGGGACCAGGCGGAGUCCUUGGUGCGGAAGCGCACGGUUGGGAUCCUCGACAUGGGGGGCGCCUCCCUGCAGAUCGCCUACGAGGUGCCCGGCUCCGGAGCCUUUUCCUCCCCGCAGCAGGAGGAGGCUGCCAAGAGCCUGCUGGCGGAGUUCAACCUGGGCUGCGACGUGCAGCACACCGGCCACGUGUACCGCGUCUACGUCAACACCUUCCUGGGCUUCGGGGGCAACUUCGCUCGGCAGCGCUACGAGGAGCUCGUGCUGAACCAGACCCACGCACGCAACCGGCUGCACGGCCAGCAGACGGGGCUGAGCGCCGAGACCCCCUUCCUGGACCCCUGCCUGCCCGUGGGGCUGGAGGACACGGUGACGAGGGGCGACCGCACGCUGUACAUACGCGGGCGAGGGGACUGGCAGGCCUGUGCCAAGCUGCUGCAGCCCCUCCUCGGGGGGCCCAACAGCAGCCAGGACUCCCUAACGGGGGCCUACAAAGCGCCCAUUGACUUCAGCAACAGCGAGUUUUAUGGCUUCUCCGAGUUCUUCUACUGCACCGAGGACGUGCUGCGCAUGGGGGGCCGCUACAACGCCCCCACCUUCACUGCUGCUGCCCAGGAGUACUGCAGCCAGAGGUGGGAGGUGCUGACCCAGCGCUUCCGCGGUGGCCUCUACUCGUCGCACGCGGACGAGCACCGAGUCAAGUAUCAGUGCUUCAAGUCAGCCUGGAUGUACCAAGUCCUUCACCGGGGCUUCCGCUUCCCCCCGGACUACCCCAGCCUGCGCACGGCCCAGCUGGUGUACGACCGGGAGGUGCAGUGGACGCUGGGCGCCAUCCUCUACAAGACAAGGUUUCUGCCACUCAGGGAUCUCCGGCAGGAGAGCAUGCGGCAAGCGCACGCCUCGUGGCUGCGCCUCUCCUUUGUCUACAACCACUAUCUCUUCUUCGCCUGCAUCCUGGUCGUAGCGCUGGCCAUAGUCCUCUACCUCCUGCGGCUGCGCCGCAUCCACCGGCGGCAGCAGUGCGCCGCGCAGCUCGACGUGCUGUGGCUGGACAAGGUGGUGCUGCUGCCGCCGGGCCAGGCGGACGGGCCGUGACACCGGGGGCGCGCCCGCUGUCCAGCUGCACCAGCAAAACCAGGACCGAGCGGCAGCCUGGGCUCCCAGGGCUCGGACGCUUCCUCGAGGACCAUCUCAGCUCUGCGCUCCUUCAUCUCCACCUCAGAACCAGGGGCUGGGGGCCGAGGCGGCUACGGGCAACGGAGCCCUCCUCUCAGCCUCGCCCCAGUCCUAAUCUUUGCAUUCCUUGGCCUCUGGCCUUCACCUUGCUGCAGGGGGUAGAGCAAAGCCCUUUGCUGCCACCGCAGGGUCAAACUGCAGCCCCUGCUGGUCCCUCAGAGAAGCAGGACUUACCUGAGGCAGCCCAGUCGGGGCCGUAGCCUGAAGGAGCAGGCUAUCCCCUGACUCAGGCAGCAGGUCGCAGAGCAGCCGGGUGAGGAGGUGCUACGGCCCGCUGCCCUAGGCUGGCCUUUCCCCAGGCUGGUGCAAGCAUCGGGGCUCAAAACGUUACUGCAGGAACCCCUGAGCCAAAAGUUCCCCCGAGCUGCUCUGCUGGGGCUGACCCCGCACUCAGAGCCCUCCCUCUUGGUGCUGUGCUGUCCGCCACAGCCCCCUCCCCCGCAGAACAAUCCUCCUGCAGCGUUAAUCGGUACCCAGGCGCGGCGCUGAGGGCUCAGGGACUGUUUCCCAAGGCCCCACCGAAGCGGGCUGUGCUUCCUUUCAUUCCUUCCCUCCUAAGCAUGGGGCGUCCCACGGUUAAUCGGGCGCUAAGUGCAAGGACCAGUGGUUCUUGCCCCGUGAACGCAGGCUGGGCCUGCCUCCGGGGCAGCCGCCUCACUCCAGCCGUGCUGGGGGUGCGGGGGGGCAGCUCAGGGCUGGGGGCUGCCUUCUGCAUCCCUCCGGGCACCGGCACAAGCCCCGUUCCUUUGGGGCCGGAGCCCUGACCAACCGAAUCAAGUUCUUCGCUUUUACUUGAACUCACCUGCGACCGUUCCUGUAGCAAUAAAAAAAAAGCCUCGAGCCAUGCAGCAGGCGUCUUGUGCUCCAGUGAGAUCCAGCCAGCAGCGACAGCGUGGGGCUGGCAGCACGCCUGCGGGCCCGAGCAUCGUUUCACGCUGCUGGGACUUGCUGCAGGCGUGGGGCAAGGGAGGCGCCUUCGUGCCAGUGGCUGCUCCGCACAGCUGAGCUCACCGAGCUGUUGUGACCCUUCCAAAUAACGCUGCCCACCUCCUUCCUCCCAAGACAAGGCAACCGAGCCUGCCCCCUCAAGCCUCUGGAAGAUGUUGCUCUCUGCUUUUUACCUUAUUUACACCUCAGCCUUAUGACUGAAGGGACUGAAGGCACUGUCUGGGUGACAGCCCACCCAGCUACGACAGCUCCUGCAGGGCCCAGGCACAGCUGUUUACCAGCUGAGCAGGUACCCGAGUCUCCCUCUGGCACAUGCCGUGGUUUAUCCGUGACCCCAGUCCCGAAGGACUACCAUACGGGUGGCGUCAAGGAUAAAAUUUGCCCUGCACUCAUGUGCUGCCAUUUUUCCUCAACAGUUGAGGAUCCCGGCCUUGUUCUCACUGCAAGAGCAGGGUUAGAGGUGACGGGGGAAGGGAGAUAAUCGGAACAAAGCCCAGACUUCCUCUG